CAGCCAAUCAGAGCGCAGAGUUUUGUUUCGGUGCAGAUUUCAAACCCGUUGAGUCUUCUAACGACCGGGCAGCCAGACAACCGACACACCGAUAGUAACCGGGUUAUAAGCGGAAACACGGCUUCUUUUGCGUUAAGGAAUAUUGUUUUUAAUACAUUGUAGAAGUCUGCGGUGGCAACAUGAGAGUGAGUGAGGUACACGCAGCAGAGUCUUGUGCCUACCUCAACAGAGCACAGGUCAGGCUGCAGGAUAUUUGGGAUGAAAUCGGGAUUCCAGAGGAACAGCGUGUACAGAGAACCAAUGAUGUUCACAAGCACAUUAAAGGUCUGCUGGACCUAAUGAUUGCAGAAGAAGAGGCGCUCAAGAAGAGAUUAAUGAAAAGCAUACAGUCAUGUAUUAAGGAACUUAAUAAUUUGUGCAGUGAACUUCAGCUGCCCCCCUUUGAGGAGGAAGAUGGCUGCACCAUGUUGCAAAUGGAGAAGAAUAGCCGCACACGUCUAGAGGUGAUGAAGGAGCACAAGAAGCAAAGAAUGGAAGAGCUUAGGGGCCUCCUUGGCAAAGACCGUGAGCUGUGUGAUAUUAUGUGCACUACCCCAUUUUGCAUUGACCAGGACUCCGUCCCAUCACUGAAGCAACUUGAGUCAUAUCAUGCCUACCUGGAUGAUCUGACCAAAGAGAAGGAACGUCGUCAUGAUGAAUUUGUAAGCGUCAAAAAGAAGAUCAUUGUAUGCAUGGAGGAUCUGGAGCAGCACCCAGAGACCAGCUUCGAGAGCGAUGUGAUGUGUGAGGAUGAGGAGGCAUUUUGUCUGUCUAGUGACAACAUUGCUGCUCUUAAACUGCUCCUCAGUCAGUUACAAGAACGCAAGGCUGAGAAUGAGCUCUGUUGUUCAGCUUUCCGCACUAAGAUCCAGGAGCUGUGGGAAAGACUUCAGAUUCCCCAAGAGGAGAGGGAAGCCCUCUCUGAGCAUAUGGUCAAGUCAAAGAAGAGUAACAUGGAGGCACUCCAGGCUGAGGUCCAGCGUCUAGAGUUGCUGAAAUUGCAGAGCAUGAAAACUGUCAUUGAGGCCAUCAGAGCUGAGAUUGCCCUUCUCUGGGAGAGAUGCUUCUACAGCGAAGAACAGCAGCUAGCUUUUGUUCCAUAUCAUGAUGAUGAUUUCACUCAAGAGCUUCUGGACCUGCACGAGGCAGAGGUCAGGACCCUGAAGAAUUGUUACGAGGGCCACAAAGAACUCUUUGAUGGAGUCACAAAAUGGCAGGAGAACUGGACCUUGUAUUUGGAACUUGACAAAAAGGCCAAUGACCCCGCAAGGUUCAACAACAGAGGUGGGAACCUUCUGAAAGAAGAGAAGCAGAGAGCUGACCUGCAGAAAAGUUUGCCUAAGCUUGAGAAGAGCCUUAAAGCCCAAAUUGAUGUUUGGGAGCAGGAGCAUGGCCAGGAAUUCCUGGUCAAUGGACAGAAAUUUCUUGAGUACGUGCAGCAGCAGUGGGAUCACCACCACGCUGAAAAGGAGAAAGAGAAACUGGAGAGGCAAAUGAAGAAAACCAAACAGAUGCAGGAGGAAAUGUUGUAUGGAACUUCAAUGAGAACACCAUCUAAAAGACGGAUGGCAGGGUCUGCCACACCUGGAAAAGUAAGAAAGCUCAACGGCACCACGACCAUCUCCACUCCUAACAGCUUCCUUAGUUCAGGCCUCGGUGGAACCAUGUGCCUGUCCUCCAUCCAGAAACCACCUUCAUCUGCCAGCAAGGUUCUUGGCCUGCGUACCCCUGGACAUGGAAAGACUCCCCGUGCACUUGACCGAAACAAGGAAAACAUCUCGCAUCUUAGAAACACUCCAAGUGGCACACUAAGGUCUCAGGAUACUCAAGAUAACACCUUCACCUUUAACUCUGUUGCUGGCUCCUAUUCGGACUUUGCGAGAGACCUCUCGAAGGCUUCUAAAUCGAACGUGACGCCAGGACUGCUGAACUCCACUGUCGGUCAUCAGUGAUGGCUCAAAGGAAGUCAUCCAGCACAGCAGUACUGUGGUGUAGUUUUCAUAUAGUGGACUAUAGUGGUGUAUAAUGUAAACUCCUUCUAAAAAAAUGUAAAUAUUUGAACACUUUGAGUCUCUAUGAUUCUGUUUUCCUAAGUCUUUAUUUAAGGGUUACUAGUUUUCUCUGCUGUAUAUAUUUUUCUGGCAAGUUAAUGAUAUUUGUAUCAAGGCUGUUGUGGCUUUCAUCUGACAUUUUUCUUUUAGGGGAACAGCCUUUUAAGUUAAUCUUUAACCAUAUCUUGAGCACUACUUUGUUUUAGUACUGUAGCAGCUUGCGGUUUUAUUCAUCCAGCUGGAAUGACAGCUAGAUUUGCUCUUCAGAGGGCUUUUUUAAAAUCAAAAUGUAAAUAAACGUUUAUGAUACCUA